AGGCCCAGCCAAGAUGGCGGCGUCUGAGGCGACGGGAAGAUACAGGAGCGCGAUGAGCAAAACCAAGGAUCCCUCCGGCCUGCUCAUCUCUGUCAUCAGGACGUUGUCCACCAGCGACGAUGUCGAGGACCGAGAGCACGAGAAGGCCCGGCUGGAGGACGCCUACGAAAAAUGCGACCGUAAUUUGGACGAGUUGAUCGUUCAGCACUACACCGAACUGAUGACUGCCAUCUGCACCUACCAGAGCAUCACGGAGCGCAUCACCACUUCGCGCAACAAAAUCAAGCAGGUGAAGGAGAACCUGGUUUCCUGCAAAAUGCUCCUGCAUUGCAAGCGGGACGAGCUGCGCAAGCUGUGGAUCGAAGGGAUCGAGCACAAGCACGUCCUGAAUCUGCUGGACGAGAUCGAGACCAUCAAGCAGGUGCCGCAGAAGCUGCAGCAGUACACGGCCAGCAAGCACUACCUGAUCGCCACCGAUAUGCUGGUAUCGGCUGUAGAAUCCCUGGAAGGGCCGCUCCUACAGGUAGAAGGACUGGGUGACCUGAGGCUGGAACUUCACAGUAAAAAGAUGAACAUGCACUUAGUUCUAAUAGAUGAACUCCACCGUCAUCUUUACAUCAAGUCUACCAGUAAGGUUGGACAACGGAACAAAGAAAAGGGGAGAAUAAGUUCCCAUGCGAAGGAAGCCUCAGCUCUGUCUCAUCUUGACGUUACUAACUUAUCCACUCCUCGCAAGUUUGACUCGUCUCAAUUUAGCACUCCAGGAAAUUCAAGUGGAAGAGAAGUCAGCUUGAUGGAAAUCAAGGAAGAUUUAGACCUGGAUCCCGAGGAGAACAGCUCGGUCUUUAUGGGCAUCCUCAUCAAAGGACUGGCCAAACUGAGAAAAAUCCCCCAGACCAUAAAGGCCAUCCAGGACCGUUUAGAGCAAGAGCUGAAGCAAAUUGUCAAGAGAUCCACCACCCAGGUGGCAGAUGGGGGCUACCAGAGAGGGGAGAACGUAGUCCAGGAAAACCAACCCAGAUUACUUUUGGAGCUUUUGGAACUUCUCUUUGACAAAUUCAACGCCGUGGCUGCAGCUCACGCGGUCGUCCUGGGACAUCUCCAGCAGACCGUGUCUUCUCCUUCCAGCCAAUAUGAUGGCGACAUAAAGCUGUACGACAUGGCCGACGUUUGGGUCAAGAUCCAAGACGUCUUGCAGAUGCUACUGACAGAAUAUCUGGACAUGAAAAACACACGUGCCUCUUCGGAGCCUUCAACUCAGCUGAGCUAUGCUAGCUCCGGAAGGGAGUUUGCGGCGUUUUUUGCAAAAAAGAAACCUCAAAGGCCCAAGACCUCUUUGUUCAAGUUUGAGUCGUCUUCCCACGCCAUCAGCAUGAGCACUUACUUGCAGGAACAAAGGAGGGAACUCUACAGUCGGAGCGGGGAGCUGCAAGGAGACCCCGACGACAACUUGAUCGAAGGUGGCGGGACGAAGUUUGUCUGCAAACCAGGAGCUCGGAAUAUCACAGUCAUCUUCCAUCCCCUUCUGAGGUUUAUUCAAGAGAUCGAACACGCUUUGGGGUUCAGUCCCGCGAAGCAGUGUCCCCUCCGAGAAUUCCUCACCAUGUACAUCAAAAACAUCUUCCUGAGCCAAGUCCUGGGAGAAAUCAACAAGGAAAUUGAGGGCGUCACCAAAAUCACCGAACCCCUGAAGAUUCUGGCCAAUGCAGACACCAUGAAAAUGCUCGGGGUACAAAGGCCUCUCUUGCAGAGCACAGUCAUUGUGGAAAAAACGGUCCAGGACCUCAUGAAUUUGAUGCAUGACUUAAGCGCCUACUCAGACCAGUUCCUGAACAUGGUAUGUGUCAAACUCCAGGAAUACAAGGAUACCUGCAGUGCGGCUUACAGGAGCAUUGUCCAGUCGGACGACAAGAUGGUGAUCAGCGCAUCUUGGGCCAAAGACGACGACAUCACCAGACUCUUGAAGUCCCUUCCCAACUGGAGCAACAUGGCCCAGCCCAAGCAGUUGAGACCUAAAAGAGAGGAAGAGGAAGACUUCAUCAGGACCGCCUUUGGCAAGGAGUCGGAAGUCCUGAUUGGGAACCUGGGCGAUAAGCUGAUUCCCCCGCAAGAGAUCCUCCGGGACGUCAGCGAUCUGAAGGCGCUGGCCAACAUGCACGAGAGCCUGGAGUGGCUCUCGGGGCGGGUGAAAAGCGCCUUCUCCAGCCUUUCCUUGGCCCAGACUUCUCCUGCCCAAGAUGCUCACGGCAAAACCGAACUCCCACCGGUGUCGGAACAGAUCCUGCAGACCCUCACUGAUUUGGCUCGAUCUUUCCAGGAGAUGGCAGACUCCUGCUUGCUCGUUUUACACCUGGAAGUCAGGGUCCAUUGCUUCCACUACCUGAUCCCUCUAGCUAAGCAGGGCAACUACGCCAUUGUGGCCAAUGUGGAGAGCAUGGAUUAUGACCCCCUGGUGGUGCGGCUCAACAAGGACAUCAGCGCCGUGGAAGAAGCCAUGAAUGCCAGCUUGCAACAGCACAAGUUCCAGUACAUCUUCGAAGGUUUGGGUCAUUUAAUUUCCUGCAUUCUCAUCAACGGGGCUCAGUACUUCAAGCGCAUCAGUGAGUCCGGCAUUAAGAAGAUGUGCCGAAACAUCUUCAUCCUUCAGCAGAACCUGACUAACAUCACCAUGUCCCGAGAGGCUGAUCUGGACUUUGCAAGGCAGUAUUACGAGAUGCUCUACAACACGGCAGACGAGCUGCUCAACCUGGUGGUGGACCAGGGCGUGAAGUACACGGAGCUGGAGUACAUCCACGCCCUGAGCUUACUCCACCGCAGCCAGACCGGCGUGGGGGACCAAACCACGCAAAACAUGAGGUUGCAGCGCCUGAAAGAGAUCAUCUGUGAGCAGGCCGCCAUCAAGCAAGCCACCAAGGACAAGAAAAUCACCACCGUGUAGCUUCCGCUGCUAGCGGCAGCCCGGCUCCUUCACAGCCCGUAGAAGGGGAAUGUCUCUCUCUCUCUCUCUAGGGGGCAGCGUUUGGGUCUUCCGGCCUUUUCUCCGGGGUGGUGGGUGGGGCAGGACGAGUUGGGAGAUCUCCUCCGUGGGAUCCUUAACUCCGUGGCACCUCAACUGGGGGAUUGGUUGCAAUUUAGGGGGAGUUGGUUCCCUAGGGCAGUGUUUCUCAACCUUGGCCACUUGAAGAUGUCU